UCAGUGCAGUUUGUGGCGACCCGUUCAAUUGUGCGGCGUGUGUGUGCGCGCGCAGCUUCGCCAGUGCAUAAGCGACCUGGGGUGCCAGCGAGGGAAGCUAUUGUCACGCCCCUCAAAAGGCCCCACCCACUCCCGCUGCCAGACCUGCAGGAGGAGGAAGAGGCGUUGCCAUCGAGACGGGAUGUGUUGUCCUGGCAACCGCUGCAGCAACAGUGCGUGCGUUCCUGAAGGAGACACAAUUGCCAGCGAUGGGACGGUUCUGGACAAGCCCGACACGACCGCAUGGAUGAAGAAAUACAGGUCAGUGUCUGGUAAAGGUCAAGCGGGCGACCCGUGCCUCGUCGCCUCAGACUGUUCUGACAGUCUGUGCUGCGCUCGCCACUUCUGGACACGCUUCUGCAAGCCGGUCUUACGGGAGGGUCAGGUGUGUUCCCGCCGUGGCAGGAAAAAGCGGCAGCGGGACCUGGAGCUCUUCCAGCGCUGCCCGUGUGGACGUGGACUCGCCUGCCACGCCGGAGAUGACAGCGCCUCGUCCUCGUCCGCGCUGCCGAUGGCGGGAAAGUCCAAGUUUGCGGCACGUUCCCCCGUUGCGCCGCAGACCAGACUGCACGUGUGCCGCAGGAAGUGAUGUCAUUAGACCGUCACUUCCUGUUUGUCACUGGAAAUGGGAAUUGAUGUUUAAUAUUUGCUACCUUUAACAGAGCUUAUGCUAAUGCCAAUGCAUGUCUGUAUGACACAAUGAAGAUGUCCUUCAAGGCACUGCUAGCCAUGUUAGCUAGUGAGCCAUAGCUAGCAAGCCGUUGACAAUAAAUGCGACCCAAGUAA